AUGGAGGUCCUGGCAGUCCCGCAUGUCCAUGCACACCUCAGUACGCUUCCAUCGAGAACCGCUCUCCGGCAAUCCGCAGAAGCCCGAGUCGUAACCAUAAGCAGCAGCAGCAGCAGCCUUGGACGGAACCCGCUGAGAUUGACGGCAACUAGAAACGUGCACGGCGAUAAUCCGUUCACCUGCCGAUCCCGCCGAUCCCGCCAGUACCUUCAAAGCCUUCGUCGUGUCGCUGUCCGCGUCAGUGCUAGCCAAUCAGACGGCGAUUACACGGGCGAGAGCCAUGACUCUGCAGCUGGUGUCGCGGAUGUAUCAGCACGUCACGCUACUAAGGACGAGCUGGUCAAAUUCAUCUCAGGCAACGCGGAGGUAUCGGUGAUGGUGGUGGCGGCUACUGAUCUAGUCAAGGAGGCUCAGACACGCCACGGCAUGGCCCCCACUGCUGUGGCAGCACUGGGACGGCUCCUAAUGGGGACGUUGCUGCUGGGGGCAAUGAAGGGCCCAGACGAAUCCGUGCAAGUCACAGUGAACGGCCGGGGGCCUAUUGGGCAGAUCACGGCUGUUUCAGCGCAGCACGGGGAGGUGAAGGGUUUCGCCCACAACCCUCUGGCCGACCCGCCUCUCAACUCCAAGGGCAAGAUGGACGUGGGAGGUGCAGUUGGAAAGGGAGUGCUGAGCGUCAUUCGAACCCAUCCGUCCUGGCAGUCCCCUUACACUGGCACUGUGCCUCUGGUAUCGGGGGAGAUCGCAGAGGACCUGGCAAACUAUCUGGCGGAGAGUGAGCAGAUCAACUCAGCUAUGGGGCUGGGAGUGGCGGUGGGCAAAGAUGGCAUCGUCAGGGCGGCUGGCGGUUUCCUCGUUCAAGUCCUGCCGUUCUGCUCGGACGAGACACUAGACAAGCUAGAGGCCAACGUCCAAUCGCUGGGUGCCAUGUCAGACGCGGUGCAGCGCAUGGAUGCAGUGGCCAUUGCCCACCAUCUCCUGCAGGGACUGCAUCCCGAACCUGUCUUAGAUCCGAUUGUGCCUACCUUUGGCCCAUGUGGCUUGGAAGAUUUGAAGCCCCGGAUGCUCAGAGCCGUGGAGUCACUAGGAGCCGAGGACGUGAAGAAACUGAUUGAGGAAAGAGGGACGGUGGAGGUUCGGUGCGAGUUUUGUGCAGAGAAGGUGGUUUUCACCGAGGAGGAUUUGCACGAUCUUCUAGUGAAAGCAGGAAAGGAAUAA